ACUGCAGCUCAAUGCCGAAAGUGACAAGCAUUAAAAGAGAAAACCUAGAUAACCAUGGCUUCAAGACUUUUCAUUUUCAUUUUGUUGUACUGUUGCCAUUAUGCUAUUACUGAAGCCUGUACCGAGGGAUGGUUUGGCCCCAGCUGUCAGUAUAAGUGUCACUGCCUCAACAAUGACUGUGACAGUGAUGGACGUUGUGUUGACAGUGAGACCUGUGAGCCCGGAUGGUUCGGGCCGCUAUGCCAAUACUAUGAUCUAGCACAAAGGACAAGUAGUGUUGCACCAAGUUGUAGCCAGACGACAGACAACAAUGAUAAGACCUGUUCCAGCCUACAGACGCUAGAGUUUAACUGGUCUAUUGGCUACCAGUUCACGUGGUUCCGAAUAGUUCUGGCUCAACCUGGUUCUCUGGAUAAGCUAGUUGUCAGCCUUAAGGAAAGUAGCCGCAGUCUUGCGAAUAUCACAUGUUCUGAUCAAGGACAAUACAAAGUAAAUGAGAAAAUAACAGACAUCGUUUGCAAUAUAAGAGUUACAGCUACCCGAAUCACAUUUGACUUUCAAUCUAUUACAACUGUUUGUUCAGUUUAUAUUAGUGGAGGUCGAAAUGUUGCUUUAAAACAAGCAACUGUACAGUCGAGUGACUAUUCUGAUCUAAGAGGUGUAUACCUUUCUUCUAAAGCUGUAGACGGGAAUAACAGUGGUAACAUUUUGGAGCUGUCAUGUUCACACACACAAAGUGAAAGUUUUAAUUUUUGGAAAGUUUUUUUCAACAGACCUUAUGACAUCAACAGAUAUGUUAUUUACAACAGAGAUAAUCUUCGAGAAAGGCUAUCUGGUUUUGUAUUGGUAACCAGAGACAGUGUUAACCGAUCCUUGUUUACGUUCACCGAUCCAGCCGUCAAUAUGGACGUCGGUGUAUACAACAUAACAAGUAAAACAUCAGUUGCUGCCACAUACACCCAAAUAAGUGGAACAACAUUCUUGACCUUAUGUGAAGUUGAAAUAUACGGCGAUAAUCACUGUUCACAAAUAUAUUUCGGGCUUGAAUGUAAUAUGAACUGUAAUUGUAUGAACCCAACUGAGAAAUGUUUUGUAGCUACAGGCGGAUGUCGGUCUGGUUGUGCUGCUGGUUAUCAAGGGGAGGGGUGCUUACAAGAGUGUGGUGCCACAACAUACGGCAUCAACUGCAGUUUGAGAUGCAGCAUCAACUGUCUAAGACAGCAAUGUCACCAUAUCAAUGGUUCAUGUGAAGAAUGUGUGGCAGGCAGAGAAGGAGCUUUUUGUGAAGAAGGAUGUGUUAGCGGUUUGUACGGAGACACAUGCCAGUAUAACGAAACGGAUCUUUGGUGCAACAAAUUCAAUGGGACGUGUGUGUAUGGCUUAGGAGAUGUUUUACAUGGAAACGUACGGAGCAAUGAUGAUAGACUGGCAGAAGGUAUCGGAAUAGGCAUUGGAAUUAUGUGUGUCGUGUUUCUAGUAGUAGCAGUUGCUAUGUUCAUCAUUCGUAGAUGUGUAACGACGACUAACUUAACUGUUGAAAUACGUCCAAGGGAACAACAAAGCGAAACAACCCAGUAUUCCCACACAGAAAACAGCGGUGCACAAGCAGGACAAUCAUCACACCAAUACGAUGAAAUUAUACUUGACACUGGAGCUUACGAUCACAUCACCCCACACAACACAAUGCCAUCACAUUAUGAACGUGUUGAUAUAAACACAGAAAACAGUCACAUAUAAAUAUGUUAAGGUUGUUAUACUUUAUAGUAUUAUUUUUCUAUAUAGCGCAUAUAAUAUA